AUGUGGCAUUGGCAGCUGGAAUGGCCCUUGACGACGGUCUCACUCAUCUCUCUUCUGUUCUCGCAUAGCCUGGCAUACGCUCCACUCUCGGAUAGCACCAUCCUAGACCUCCUCCCCCAGCCAGAUACGGCUGAUUUCGACAUACAUACAGGCAAUCUGCUCGCUCCGAUCCUGAUUCCUCGGGUGCCAGGCACUGACGGCUCAAGGAAGGUGCUUCAACACUUCGUCGACUUCUUCCACACUUCCCUUCCAGAUUGGACUGUAUCCUUCCAGAACUCGACUGCGAAGACGCCUACACAUGGUGACAAUGAAGUCCCUUUCGUGAACUUGAUUGCCACCCGAGAUCCGCCAAGGUCAGACCCUGGCAACGUUGGGCGCUUGAACUUGGUCGCCCACUACGAUUCGAAAUACCAGCCGGAGGGAUUUAUUGGAGCCACGGACUCCGCUGCGCCAUGUGCCAUGAUUAUGCAUGCCGUCAAGUCCAUCGAUGCUGCUCUGACCAAGAAGUGGGACACAAUGCGAGCGCAAGGUUUCACUGAUCCUGACUUUGAGGAGCAGAAGGGAAUACAAGUCUUGUUUCUUGAUGGGGAGGAGGCUUUUCUAAGCUGGACAGCGACAGACAGCAUAUAUGGCGCCAGAUCCCUUGCGGAGGAGUGGGAACACACCGUGCAUCCUGCAACAAGCAUUUACAAGAACUACCUCGACUCUAUCGAGCUGUUCGUCUUGCUUGAUCUGCUCGGCUCCUCGGAAGAUCUACCCAUCCCAUCGUGGCAACAUAGUUCUCAUUGGUCUUAUGUGCGGAUGGCUGAGGCUGAACAACGUCUUCGAAAGUUGGGUUUGUUCAGGAGCAAGUCCCGUACCUGGCUCCCUGAAAAGGACAAGAAAGAAACAGACCGAUUCCAAAGCUAUGUCAUGCAGGACGAUCACCUCCCAUUCAUCGCCCGAGGCGUCCAAGUCUUGCACCUCAUUCCUGCUCGGUUUCCUAGCGUUUGGCAUACCAUACGCGACGAUGGCGAGCAUUUGGACAUUCCCACCGUGGAGGAUUGGGCUCUCCUCACAGCAGUAUUUGCUGCCGAGUACAUGGAACUGGAGGGCUUUUUCGAAGAGAAGCCGGCUUCGCAGAGAUCGAGGAGGCACGAACUCACCAGUAAGGAUGAACUAUGA